GUUCUUCUCCCGUUUGUUCGUUCCUUUUACGAUUUUUACGAUUUGUUUGUGAGAAUAAUCCAAGCAAUCGUGUGCGUUUUUAUGGCUGAAAGAAAUUAGAAAGGUAUUGAGCAUAUAAAAUGUGUAUUGGAUUAUAUACUUAUAUGAUUAUUUUUACUCUUUUGGUUAGUUUUUGGGGUUAAUUUCAGCUAUCUUUGAGGUGCACUUUUGCAUAAUUUAUUUCUGACUAAUAAUAUACUUUCCUGUGUUCAUUUAAUACUGUAAGAAGUAGGACAGUAGAUGGCAGCUAUUUCAUAAACAUUACAAACAAAUAAACUAUAUUUCUUGAUCCUAUUUGUUUGAGGCUAAACAGAAGACCACUACAUAUAUUCGAAGUUGUAAACUGUUAUUAUGUAAAACUGUUGUUUGAGCACCUUUUGCUGCAAGAUAGAGUUGCCGUGAACGUAAUUUUUUUGCGUUUUCUAUACAGAUUUUAAACUGAUACAAAAUGCAUCUUUAUUCGUUGACACUGCAAAGAGCUUCGGCCAUAACUCAUGCCAUUCAUGGAAAUUUCUCUGGCACAAAGUCACAAGAGCUGGUCGUUGCCAGAGGUGGCCUGAUCGAGCUACUUCGACCAGAUCCCAACACAGGGAAAGUGAUACCAGUCCUGGCUGUCGAGGUUUUUGGCGUUGUGAGAGAUAUUGCGCCAUUUCGAUUAACUGGUGGAAGUAAAGGUAAAUAAUUGGGUAUUAAUUAUUAGCCGAACGUGGUGUAACAUGCCCAGAGAUUCUAUUUUUGUGGAGGUGGCCAAUCUUUGAAAGCAAGUUAAGACCCAUUUAAAGGACAUGACUAGUUGUAUAUGAUUCUUAUCCUGGCACAUGUACUCGAAUAAAUGCAUGAAAAGAUGUCUCGUUUCAAAUUUCACCAUAAACUAAUGAGUGAUGAACAGAUAUAGUGGCGUCGCCAGUCCUUCUCAUAUGCCAGAAUGAGAAUUGUAUAUGACUAGUCAUAUCAUGCAAAUGAGCCUUUAGACUACUUGUUCAGUUGCACUAGGGGUGCACCGGAACCAGUUUUCUAAGUUCCGGCCGGAACCGGAUCUGACCGGAACUGGAAAAAAGUUCCGGCCGGAACCGAAACUAAUUUAUUAAGCCAUAUAUAGUCAUAUGUUACUUUGUCCACUGCCAGACAGGCAGACACUUCAAGUCAUAAAGGAGAGAGCUUGCAAAUGUUAGAAUAAAAAAGAUUGACAAGCGUUAAACGUCAUGAAGUGUUAGUAGUGUACAUUUCCCUUGCAUAGUCCAAAUUUCUUCCUACUGUGACCUUUUGUUAGACACAAAAACGUUUGAUAUUCUAUCUCUCUGAAAACAACAGAGUUCCGGUUCCGGCCAUGCUUUUUUUACUAGUUCCGGCCGGAACCGGAACUCUGAAAAAACGGGGUUCCGGCCGGAACUAACCGGCCGGAACCGAGUUCCGGUGCACCCCUAAGUUGCACCAAUCCUGAGAUUUUUUACACUUCCCAAUGCAAUUGUCUUUGUAACUCGUAUAUUUAACUUAUGUUGUUACUAGAUUACAUUGUAGUUGGAUCGGACUCUGGUAGAAUUGUUGUCUUGGAAUACAUCCCAUUCAAAAAUGUUUUUGAGAGGGUAAUCUUCAUUAUAUUUGCAAUAAACAUUAAAUAAAAUUAAACAUUCAUUCAAAAAAUAUAAAAUCUAUUGCAACAAUCUAAAUGGUAUUUUUAUUAUCUAGGUUCACAUGGAAACAUUUGGAAAAAGUGGUUGUAGGAGAAUUGUUCCAGGACAGUAUCUCGCUGUUGACCCAAAAGGUCGUGCUAUCAUGGUUGGUAAGUGUUAGAAUUAUGAAGUCCUAAAUCUAAACUCCUCUAAUGGGUCCUAAACUUCUCUAAUUGGUCAGGACUGUGUAUUAUCAAUAUCAAUAAUAACAUUUUCUAAUCAAUUUUUAGGUGCAGUUGAGAAACAGAAGCUUGUGUACAUCAUGAAUCGCGAUGCUGCAGCAAGGUUGACCAUAUCAUCACCUCUAGAGGCUCACAAGUCACACACGUUGGUCUUUGGUAUUGUUGGAAUUGAUGUUGGUUUUGAAAAUCCGAUGUUUGCUUGUCUUGAGUUGGAUUAUGAGGUCAGUUUCAACACCAUUGAAAAUAGGGUUAUUUUGUUGUAUUACAGAUCAUAA